GUCAUCCACUUCAAAUAUUUUUUACAAUUUCCCCACAAAAUUCCAAUCUCUCCUUAUAUAAAUCCCUCACCUCCGCCUCUCCACCACAACGCGGCGGAGCUCCGCCUCCAAAACCACCAAAUAAACCACUAAAGCUCUCAACUGACACUACAAAAAUCAAAUUCGCGCUACAAGGAAUAGAAAUGCUACUCAGAAGCUCAUCAUCACCAAUUCUGCAUUCAUGGCCAAAUUCCGCAUCAGAGCCCGACUCCCUGCCUCAGCUGCUACGGACCAGAUCCGUCUCCUUCUCGGCGUCCUGCGACUGCAGCUCUCCGACGCGGAUCGCGUUCGACUCAUGCAUUAGAGCACCGCUGAAACCGAAGAAGAGCUUCCGCCCGAUCCGGUGAAGAUCCAGGAUAGGAGGGAGGCAGUGUCGUUUUUCCUGUCGAGCUCCGGCUUGGGCGAGGCGACGGCAUCGGCGGCAACGGAGGAUCAUGCUCUUCCAUCUGAGAGGACUCUGCAGGAGACGGGGGACGGCGGCGGCGGCGGCGGAGUUGUCAGAAGUAGAGGAUCGUAUGGCGGUGGUGGGAGAGGGCGGGACGACGGGCCGGGACCGGGCCGUGGGAUUAGUGAGGCGUAUUAUGAGACGAUGAUCGAUGCUAACCCUGGAAAUCCUCUGUUUUUAGCUAAUUAUGCUAAUUACUUGAAGAAGGUUAAAGCAGAUUUCACAAAAGCAGAGCAGUUCUACGAAAGAGCUACUUUGGCUAACCCUGCUGAUGGAAAUGUGUUAUCACACUAUGCUGAUCUGUUAUGGCAGACUCAUGGAGAUUCUGCUCGAGCGGAGGCUUAUUUGAUCAAGCUGUCAAAACCGACCCCAACGACUGUUUUGUGCUGGCUUCGUACGCUCGGUUUUUGUGGGAUGCUGACGACGAUGAGGAAGAAGAAAAUGACGUAGAGGCGGCCAAGGCCUCAAACAACCAAUAUGCAGCGGGAAGUCAUACGUCACCUUCUGAAUUCAUCAUUACUGAAUCUCAUUGGCCUCCUCUUGCUGCAGCUUCUUGAUCUAAUGCAGUCUCUCUCAAUAAGUGUGUGUAUACGUGAAGAGGUUGCUAUAUAGAUGAGCUUUGUGUAACAGUCUCGUGUUGUAUAUAGUGAAAAAUUAUGCGAGAAAUAAUUAACUUUGCCAGCAAUUAUUUCGGAGUUUUUUGAGUC